AUGUCCAACUCUAUCUCCGAUCUAGAGGAAGACGCUGGACAAGUUGUCCACGAGGUGGACUGGGACGGCCCCGGUGACCCCAACAAACCGAUCAAUUGGCCAAAAUGGAAGAAGAGAGGAAUUAUCACUGCUGUUUGUGCUAUGAGGUUCACAACGCCAUUCGCCUCGUCUAUGAUGUCCCCGGCCUUGCUAAACAUUGGCAAAGACUUUCCAGGCACAUCCGAUACAAUUCUUAGCUUUACAGUCUCAAUAUAUAUUAUCGGCUUCGGUCUAGGCCCCUUAAUCCUUGCUCCUCUUUCUGAGGUAUACGGCCGUAACAUAAUUUAUCAUGUCUCAAAUAUUCUUUUCACAGUUUUCACGGCAUGCUGUGGAUUGUCUCCAAAUAUUGGCGCCUUGUUAGCUUUUCGUGUUGCUGCGGGCUUUUUUGGAGGUGCGCCUCUGACGAAUGGUGGGGGCACUAUUGCGGAUCUUGUCGUUCCCCAAAAACGAGGAUUAAUCAUGAGUAUCUUCUCCGCAAGUAUGCUGAUGGGCCCUGUUUUGGGCCCCGUGGUGGGUGGAUUCCUGGCAGAGGCUAAAGGCUGGAGAUGGAUCUUUUGGAUCUUGACAAUUAUGAGCGGCGUGACCAAUAUCUGUUGUUUCGCUUUUCUUCGAGAAACUUAUUCUCCUGUUUUGCUGGAAUGGAAAGCUCGCAAACUGAGCCGGGAGACAGGCGAUCUAUAUCAAGCUAAAGGCAAAUCGCCGAAAAGCUUACGCCACCUCUUAUUAACUUCUAUCACUCGGCCAAUUCGUAUGCUUUUCAACCCUAUCAUCCUUGGAACUUCAUUAUACAUGGCUGUUGUGUAUGGUAUCAUCUACGUCUUGUUUACGACCUUUUCUAUUGUCUUCCAGGACACAUAUGGGUUCAAGGAGGGAAUUGCUGGUCUUUCGUAUUUGGGGCUUGGUGUCGGGAGUGCCUUAGGAAUGGCACUCUUUGGUCGAUAUAGCGAUCAGAUAUCUGCUAAACUGACUGAAAAGCAUCAAGUAAUGAAGCCUGAAUAUCGAUUGCCUGCAUUAUUGCCCAGCGCUAUUGCGAUGCCAAUCGGGCUCAUCAUUUACGGGUGGACAGCACAAUACCAUGUUCAUUGGAUAGUGCCUAUUAUUGGAACUGGGUUCUGUGGAUUCAGUCUGAUGGGAUGUUUUGCUGCUAUCCAAACUUACCUUGUCGACGGGUUUACUGUUUACGCAUCUAGUGCCCUUGCAGCUAAUAGUCUUGUUCGCAGUCUUGCUGGUGGUCUCGUUCCUCUCGGAGGACUAGGUCUCUAUGACCGGAUAGGCCUAGGAUGGGGUAACACAUUACUUGCAUUCCUAGCCAUUAUCUUCGGCUUCUCACCUCUUUUCUUCUACAAAUACGGGGAGAAAUUAAGAAAAAGUCGAGUUGGGAUGGAUUAA